AUGUCUCACAAAACUCUUGAAGAAAAACUGCUUCUGGGACUUGAAAAAACCAGCGAUAGCAGCAAUAACGACUCGGAUCAGUCCAAUAUUGAAAGUGAAGAAGAAAAAAAUUUGGAGCCCUAUUACGAAGAAAUUCCAGCAGUAGAUGCAAAUAAAGGCGCAAGCUCUGGCCCAAAGGGUGUACUUCAGGAUUACAGAAGAUUUUUACAUAAACAAACAAUACAAAAUGCUAAAAAUAAAUUAAAAUUAAUUGAGGAAGCCAAACGCUUCUCCGUUCUCAAAAAAGAAGAUGAAUAUGAAGAGCCAUUUUUUGAUGAUCAGUUUUUAAAUGAAUAUAAACUGAAAAAACUCAGCGAAAUUACAAGGGAGAUAGAUUCUCUAAAGAAAUUUGGAACUUUACGCGAAAUUAAUAUAAGCAGCUACUUAGAAGAAAUUGAUGGUGAAGAUCGUAAAACAAAUGUAGUCGUUCACUUAUAUGAGCCGAGCAUUCCUUUAUGUCGCCAUAUGAAUACUUGUUUGAGCCUUCUUGCACGCGACUUUCCCCUUGUGAAGUUCAUCUAUAUCAAAGCUUUGACAGUUAGCGAAAAAUUUAAUAGUGACGUUGGCCUUCCAGCUAUACUUAUUUAUAGAGGCGGAAAAUUAGUUGCUAAUCUUGUUAACGUCGUUGACUAUGUGGGAAUGAAUUUUGCAAUUCCAGAAUUGAAUCAAAUGCUUUUAAAAUUCAAAGUUAUUAGUGAAUAUGAUUUGCUGACACUAAAGCAGAAAAAUCAAGAGGAUUUAACGAAAUAUAAUUAG